GGAGAACCCUUUCACUAGUUCAAAUGUUAGUACAGUGAUAACACAAGUUUGUACACUGUGUUUACUACUUUUUUGGGAUUACCAUGAAAUUGUCGCCUGACUCCACCUUUCCCGUCAUCGUCUUGAUGACUUGCGUUGAGCUCUUCGCCUUCAUCACAGCCCGUCCUGCUACAAUACCGCAAGGAAAAAAAGGUCUGCAGAUGCUGUAUCAAGAUAUGCGUACGCUGCUGAAAGUCGUAUCUCAAGAAAGGCAAGGGAAUGAGAUGAAAGACUUUGAGCAAUCACUCACAUCCCUGCCCUCGCUGAACUACAAAACAGCAGACCUGAAAACACUCGAGGCCAGCAGCACAUUAGGACAGCUGUACUCUGGUCUUCAAUCCUUCAAGUUCCAUCUUGACUGGAUCCAGCAAAAACAGGAAGAAAUGGGGAGCGGUUAUUCUAAGACAAAGAAACUCGCUCAUCGCAUCCAAGUCAUGAGCCACAUGGUGCUCACACAGAUUGAGCCGACACCUUCUGAGAUGGUCCACCCUUCCCUGACGCCUUUGAACACAGCCUGGAACGUGUACCAGGCCAAUGUGGAGAUCCUCGACAGACUCUACUUCUUUUGCCUCUGGUACACUAGAGCACUGGGAGAACUGAUACACAGACAACAGUGAUCAUCAACACCAUCUAUGACACCAGUAGCCCUCAGCUUAUCUCCAUGAUGCCUGACUUGCCUUAAUGUUUGAUAGGAUAGAAUGAACGUUCCUGCCUUUGUAAGUCAUCCUCUAUUGUGACAGCGUUCUCCUGUUAACCUUUCCUAUGUAUGAUGUGUUUAUUUAAUUAAUUAAUUAAUUGCGUAUUUAAUAUUUAUUGAACAGUUUACAAUGAAGGUUUUUUUUAUAGAGAGUGAAUGAGAAAACAGCACUUUAUAAAAACGUAUAAUUUUAAUAAGUGAGUUUGUAUGCAAUCAGCUGCGGGCAGUUGCUUAUAAUGACCAAUAGGUGUCGCUUACAAACCUUUCUGUGGUUAACGUGAUAUUAAAUGCAGUCAAGGUGGUAUUCUUAUAUAUAUUUAUCUAUUUUUUAGUUAGUAGGUUUGCAGAAGCCCCGAAACAACAUUCUUGUUUAACAAUAAAACUGAAUGACUUAAAUUGUUGAUGAUAAAAUCGGGCAUUGAACACAAAACAUAUUAGGGCUGAUGGAUGUUAUUGCUGCUGCACCAUGUUUUUUUUUUUUUUUUUUUUUUGUGAGCAUACUGUAAAUACAGUGGCUUGAAAUGCACUCACUGCUUAUUGUUUGUUUAGUCUAAAUUAAAAGUGCCACCAUAUUGCAGAAACGCACUGAAAACAAGAAACAAAAGGCCAUGCGUUACUUGAAAAGAACUUUGACAUUGUUCAUGAUGUAUUUGCAGAUAUAUGCAGCGCAUGCUUGAUUUAGUGGUGUUAAAUUAUGAGAAUUAUUGGUAAAAUCAUUAAGGUGAAUAGGAAUAAACAACCAAAUUCGCUUUGAUUUACCUUUUUACAAGGCCAGUGAGAUGGAUGAACAUAGUGUCCUGAAUGUUGUAUUGUUUUGUAUACUUUUUUAUACAUAUCUAUAUAUUUAUUUAUACUUUUUUAUUAUUUAUUUGCUUUUGUCAUUUUAAUUUCAAUAAAAUGAUUUUGCAUCAAG